AUGAUUUUAUUUCUCUUGAUUAUUGUAUUUAGUAGUGCAACAGAGAUUAAUACACUUUUAAAGAGUGAAACAGAAACACCAGAACAUGGAAAUGAAGGAGUUGCAAAACCAGCAAAUCCUCAACAAACGCAACCAGCACAACCACCAAAAACAGUAAAUUCACAAGAAGCACAAACAAGACCAGAUCAUGUAUCAGAACAACCCAAAGAACCAACACAGGAAGUUGCACCAACAGGACCAACCAACACCAAAUCACCAAACCCACCAGAAUCUUCACCAAAUCCAUCAGGUUCAUCAAAAGAUGAAGCAACAACAGGAACAGGAGGUUCACAAGCAACACCACAAUCAACAGGAGCUUCCUCAUCACAAACCACACAACCACAGUCAAAAGAUUCUGUGUCAUCACCUCAAUCACAAAACACACAAUCAACAGGUUCACAACCAACUCAACCAUCAACAUCUCAAGACACAAAACAAUCUCCACAAAGUACAAAUCCACCAGUUUCAAAACCUGAAUCAUCACCAUCAUUAACACCUAGUCCAGAACAAACAGAAACACUUAGUCAAUCACCAACCACAUCACCACAACAAGAUGGUCAACAAAGUAAACCAGCACCAGCAGAAACAACUAAUCCAACACCAAAUACACCAGCAAAAUCAGACCAAUCACCAGAUUCAAAUCCAGCACAAUCAAAUAAUCAACAACAUGAACCACCAACAGAUAACCAACAAAACAAACAACAAAAUGAAACACUAACACCACAUUUACCAAAUAAAAAUGAAACAACAAAUGGAACAGAAAAUAAUAAUGUGAAUAAAACAAAUGAUAAUUUGAAUAAUCAUAAUCUUAAUGGUGUAUCUUGCAUCUCUAUUAUUCUCUCUUUCAUUUUUACAUUUAUUUUCUUCUAA